GAAGAUCAAGGCCGUCAACGCCCCCAUGUACCACCUCCGUAUGGGCCUGGCACAACGGGACCUCAACAAGGUGCAAGAAAACGGGCCACUCCUCGCCGCGCAGUUGUCGGACCUCGAGCAGGCGCCCGGGGCUGCACAAAACCCGCACGUGCAGUCCUUCCUGCGCGAAGGCCGGGCGCUGCUGGACAAGUACGCGGUGGAGUUGCCGCUGCUGCAGAGAGGGGAUCAAGUGAAGAAGGCCAUACUGAAGAUCAAGUCGCAGGGUUCCUGGUUCAAGCUCGAAGGGGCGUUGGCGCAAGGCGAUGCGCAAGCGGUCAAGAGCUACGGCGACAGCUUCGAGAACGAGAUCAGGACGUUCACACAACAGUACGGAGGGGUACGCCGCCUUCCUUCAUCCAUCGACGCAUUCCUCUUUAUGGCGAGCGCUCACCGUGUCGUGUCGUUGGUCGUGUUGUGGGUGGGCGUGGGCGUGGGCGUGGCGUGGGCGUGGGCGUGGGCGUGGGCGUGGGCGUGGGCGUGGGCGUGGGCGUGGGCGUGGGCGUGGGCGUGGGCGUGGGCGUGGGCGUGGGCGUGGGCGUGGGCGUGGGCGUGGGCGUGGGCGUGGGCGUGGGCGAGGCGCUGGCCGGCAGUUUCCUCGACGAGGCGCAAAAGCUUCUGGGAAGACUGCACCAAGAGGGCGAUGGCAUCAUACGGGCGAGCAGAGUGCGGGAGGAGAUCGCCAAGAUUCGGCAGCAGGACGACAUGACGCGCCUCAGCAUGGUAAUAUGUCGUCCCUCCAUUCCCGCCUGUGCCGUGUUCUUCGAGAAGAAUACUAAAACCAGCGUGACCGGGACGCAGGCGCUCAACGUCCGCGACGGCCCAAAGAUUUCCCAGCAUGGUGCGGCGUUCAAGGCACAGAUACAGAGGUUCAAGCAGGCCUAUGCAAAUGAGCCGGCAGCUCGUGUCUUUCUCAAUGAGUCCGAGGUGCGUUAUUAG